AUGGUGAUAUCUCUACACUCUUGCCUUCAUUGCUUUCUUCUCAAAAUACUAAUCCCAACUCAACCCAAUUUCCAAACCAUCAAAAGCUAUAAUUCACCCCCAUUCCAACUUCAAAUCCCUCAAAAUCCUAAUUGCACAGUCCUCAAUCUUCACCAAACUUCAAAAGCCCACCUUUCAAUCCAUCCACAUUCCACAUUUCCCGCUAAAAUUCCAAACCUUUUGGUGUUCAAGAUAGAAAAUGCGACAACUUUAGGUCCAAGGAAUCAAUUUCAAGUACUUAAGCGAUAUGGGGUUAAAGAAUCCGAGGACACCGAAAAAGUGGUGGACUCUGAUGGAGGCGGAGGCGGCGGCGGAGAUGGAGACGAUGGAGAGGUAGAGAUGAAAAGUGGGUCAGUGCCAGAAUGGUUGAAUGUCACUCCUGAUGAUGCAAAAACGGUUAUUGCUGCUGUGGUAAUAUCGCUUGCUUUCGAGCAUUCGUGGCUGAGCUGA